AAACCAAAGAAGAAGAAGAAGAACUAGAUGUAAACAAAGUGACGUUACAGCGGCUGCUCCGAUGAAGAAAGGCCGAGUUUAAUCCGCAGAAAGUUGAGUUCUUUCUCACGGAUUCAGAACCGAGAGUCUGUGCGGUGAUGGACUAAACCCGAAACAGCAACAUGUCGAUGGAAGAUCCGUUCUUCGUUGUCAAAGGGGAGGUGCAGAAGGCCGUGAAUGCUGCUCAGAUCCUCCACCACCGAUGGAGGGAGCUGCUGCAGGAAGGGGGCGGAGCUUCCAAGGAGGAAGUAGACUGGACGACCAAUGAGCUGAGGAACAGCCUGCGCUCUAUCGAGUGGGAUCUGGAGGAUCUGGACGAGACCAUCAGCAUCGUUGAGUCCAACCCCAAGAAGUUCAACCUGGACGCUGCUGAGCUGUUGAAGAGGAAAGCCUUCAUCACCAACACCAGGCUGACGGUCAAGGAGAUGAAAGAACAGAUGUCGAGUCCAGCUGCUGCCUCCACUGACAGAAAGAACAGUCAGGCUCUGCUGGGGGAGCGUGGGGCUCAGGGGCCCAUAUGGCAGCCUGGUCCUGAUAAAUAUGGCCGACUGGACCGCCAGCUGCAGAACGCCAACUCCCAGUUCAUAGAGGAGCAGCAUGUUCAGCAGCAGCUGAUAGCGGAGCAGCAGGACGAACAGUUAGAGCUCGUGUCUGGAACCAUCGGAGUCCUGAAGAACAUGUCGGAGAGGAUCGGCAUGGAGCUGGACGAACAGGCUGUGAUGCUGGACGACUUCGGUCAUGAGAUGGACAACACUCAGUCCAGACUGGACAACGUCAUGAAGAAACUGGCUAAAGUGUCGCACAUGACCAGCGAUCGGCGCCAGUGGUGCGCUAUCGGUGUUCUACUCGCCAUCCUCUUCGUGGUCGUCCUCCUCUUCUUCAUCCUCUGAUGUUUCCUGCUAAAACUAGUGUCUACUGGACUCCACUGGACUCUACUCAACUCUACUAGACUCUACUGGACUCUACUCAAUUCUACUGGACUCUACUCAACUCUACUGG